AUGACCUUUCUUCCGCUCUUCGCAACCACGAUUCUAGGCUCGUGCAUCAUUCUGGUUGUAUCUGCCAUUCCUCAACAUGCCUACUUCCCUCCUGGCUUUUUCCAUGAGUCUUGUCCCGCCAAUGCAGACGACAAUUCAAAGUGCAACAUGCGCCUCACCGUAACGGUCUACGACAUAAAUAAGGGUAAAGUGGAUCUCAAAAUUACGGGUCCUGAAGGUUGUCCACAUUGCGGCGUUGAAAACAUAGACAACGGUAUUCCAUGGGCAGCUAAAGAUAACAAGCCUCGAUGCUUUGACGAUAAGGGAACUUGGGAUCUUACUGUGGGUAGAGACGGUCAAGUCCCAGCUAUUAUCAUCUGGGGUGGUGUGAAAUAUCCCGUCAACAAGGUUGAUGCAGGAAAUAUGAAUGAUAAGGCAACUCAAAUUACAACUUACAACAUGCCGUUUAAAUGUACAAUCUGA